AUGUCUCAGAUCAUCAACCCCUUCAGGACCAUCCAGCUGAACUUCAAAGACCAGUUCGGCCUGGCCUACAGUGGCCUGCGGGGGGCAGUGUGCUUCGCCCUGGUCUUCACUCUGCCCGACACCAUCAACCGCCGGAACCUCUUCGUCACCGCCUCCAUCGCAGUCAUCAUCUUCACUGUGGUGGUCCAGGGCGUAAGUAUUCGGCCGAUUGUGGAGUACAUGAACAUCCGACGCAGCAACAAUGAAAAAUUCAACAUCAACAUGGAGAUCCACCACCGGACGAUGGAGCACAUUGUGUCUGGGAUCGAGGACCUGUGUGGACAAUGGAGCCACUACUACUGGAAAGACAAGUUUAAGAAGUUCAACGACAGUGUCCUGCGGAGGAUCCUGCUGCGGGACAACAGGCCCGAGUCCAGCAUCGUGUCUCUGUACAAGAAGCUGGAGCUGCAGAGCGCCAUCGAGCUGCUGGACACGCCCAUGGGGGACCUGAGCGCCGCCCCCUCCGUCGUCUCCCUGAACGAUGAGAUGAAGGAAGCGUCUCGGUCAAAGAAGAAGUUCCAGAGCGUCGACGUGAGAAAGAUGCAAAAUAUUCUGACAAAGAACAUGUACAAGAUCAGACAAAAGACUCUGGCUUAUACCAAUAAAUACAAACUCCCCGACGACAGCCGGACUCGGGAAAUCCUGAUCCGUCGCCAUGCCAGCAUCAGACGCAGCCUCCGAUCCUCCAGCUUCAGGGAUCUGCCGUCAGAGAACAUUCCAAAAUCCCAAAAAUAUUUCUCGCUGCAGCCGGGCGGCGACCUGGAGGCGGCCUUUAACCUCCGCAGAAGAAGUCACGGUGGUUCUGCCCGAUCAGGCCUCGCCCUCAGCCCCAUCCAGGAGCGCAGUCUGGACCCGGAUCCACACAGGACCACAGUGCACCAGAGCGAGGCCGGAGAGGGGCCCUCACCACGGGGCUGGCAGCCGGAGACCCCCCAGGGAGACCCGGUGUCCAGGAGCCCCCUGCUCAGAUAA